AUGAAGACCAUUCUGUGCAUUUUGCCUUUGGGACUGUACCUGUCUCUCCUGUGCCAGGCUUCUGGAGAAGAGAGUCUGGGCAGGCAAUUCAUAAUGAAUGCUGUGGAGGAGGCCAAGAGGACUGUUGACGAAUCCUACAAAUAUUCACGGGACACGAGCGUGGCCCGGGUAAAGAGGCAAACCGCCACUGCUGCAGACAGGCUGAGACUGUUGAAGCAGCCGUGUGGCGACGCGCGCUCAGCAGUUCGCGCUGCAGACUACAUGGAAAACACACUGAGGCUCAUCCAGCAGAAAGCCCACCACGUUCACAAACGCUCCCUCAAUGCAACAGACCUCCUGUCUUCAGAGGACCUGAGCGCGAUUGCCCGUCUAACUGGUUGCUCAGCCAGAAUCCAGGAUCCCUCUUGCCGGACCACCCCUCUCAUCAAUACAUUCAGGACCGCCACUAGUGUCUGCAACAACAGGAGAAACCCACGCUGGGGAUCCUCCAAUACACCAUUCACCCGCUGGCUGCCUGCAGAGUACCAGGAUGGGAUCUCACUGCCUAAGGGGUGGGACCCUAACCUGCAAGUUAAUGGCCAACUCCUCCCCCUGGUGAGAGAGGUCUCCAACCGUAUUCUGAGGACCGCCAACGAGGAUGUGGAGAGCGACAGGAUCUAUACCCACCUGGUGACUAUCUUUGGCCAGUGGACAGACCACGACCUGACCUUUACCCCCCACUCCCCCAGCAUCCGCUCCUUCAGCAACGGCAUCAACUGUGACGAGAGCUGUGAGCGGACGGAGCCCUGCUUCCCCAUCAGGAUCCCCAAUGGAGACCCCCGCCUCAGAAGUAACGAGGACACCUGCAUCCCAUUUUUUCGCUCGGCACCAGCUUGCGGGACGGGGAACACAGGCUUCAUCUUCGGGGCCAGCAACGUGAGGCAGCAGAUAAACACCCUGACAGCCUUCCUGGAUGUGGGGCAGGUGUACGGCUCGACUGACACGCUGGCACGCGACCUGCGGGACCUCUCCAAUGACGGCGGCCUGCUGCUGGUCAACAAGCGCUUCACCGACAAUGGGAGGGAGCUCCUGCCCUUCUCCAACAUGACCGAAAACAUGUGUGCCACACGCAACAGUAUCAGUAACACCACCAACUUGGAGGAAGUGCCCUGCUUUUUGGCGGGUGAUGUCCGUGUGGAUGAGAACAUUGGCCUUGCAUCCAUGCACACACUCAUGAUGCGUGAGCACAACCGUCUGGCGCGUGCCUUGUACCAGCUCAACCCACAGUGGAGCAGUGAAAGGCUCUACCAGGAAGCUCGCAAGAUCAUGGGGGCCUACUUCCAGGUGAUCACAUUCCGGGACUACCUGUUUCACAUCGUGGGGCCAGACUUUGUGGCACGCCAGCUUUCCACUUACCCUGGCUAUGAUGAGAACGUGGACCCCAGCAUCUCUAACGUCUUCGCCACGGCUGCCUACCGCUUCGCCCACCUGGCUAUCCAGCCCUUCAUGUUCAGAUUGGAUGAGAACUACAAUGAUCACCCACAGUUCCCCAGCCCACUGCUCCACAGGACCUUCUUUGCCCCUUGGAGAAUUGUCUUUGAAGGGGGUAUUGACCCGAUUCUGCGAGGGCUGGUGGGCCGGAAGGCCAAGCUCAACACUCAGGACCACAUGAUGCAUGACGAGCUGCGGGAAAGGCUCUUCGAGUUUUCCAGCCGCCUGGCGCUCGACCUGGCCUCGCUCAACAUGCAGCGCGGCCGUGACCACGGGCUCCCUGGUUACAAUGCUUGGCGCAAAUUCUGCGGCCUCUCCCAGCCCCAGACGGAGGCUGAGCUGGCCGAAGUGAUGAACAACACCGAGCUGGCCCGCAGGCUCCUGGAGCUGUACGGCACACCCGACAACAUUGAUGUGUGGCUGGGUGGUGUCGCCGAGCCUUUCGUUCCUGCUGGCCGCGUGGGGCCCUUGUUUGCCUGCAUCAUUGCCACCCAGUUCCAAAGGAUCCGCCAGGGAGACAGACUGUGGUGGGAGAAGGAGGGAGUCUUCACCAGCAGCCAGAGGGAAUCCCUGAAACGCACAUCUCUGGCCCGCAUCAUCUGUGACAACACUGGCAUCACAGAAGUUCCCAUUAACCCCUUCCUGUACCGCCCCCGUGGAGCUGGCUAUACACGCUGUGAGAACAUCCCUGCCUUUGACCUCUCCCCCUGGAACGAGAACCAAUCAACACCUGGUCCAAUGGGACCCUCUGACGGAGCCCAAGGUCCACGCGGACCACCAGGACCACCAGGGCCACCUGGUCCACCAGGUAUGGCAGGUCCUCCUGGCCCUCCAGGAACCGGCGGUGAGAACCAACCCUCUGCCUUUGCCGUGCGCCUGGGCUACAACUACCCCAACCCCAAUCAGAAGAUCAUCUUCCGCGAGCCCAUCUACAAUGGGCAGAACCACUACAGCACCCAGACAGGGGAGUUCACAUGCGUGGUGCCCGGUGUGUACCAGUUUGACUUCCACUGCACUAUAUAUCAGAACGUGGGUAACAUCGACCUGCGCCGCAACGGGCAGCUGGUGAUGCACUCCUUCACCACCCAGCAGAACGGCUACAUCACGGCCUCAGGGGGCACUGUUCUGCAGCUCUACAAGGGAGACAAGGUGUGGCUGCAGGCCAACUAUGGAGGCAAUGGUAUAACCGCUGACAGCUUCUUCUCUGGCCACCUGCUCUUUACAGUAUAG